UAUAUAUAAUAGCAGAGUUUUCUUUAAAUUUAAACAAGUGUAAAAGAUGUCUAAAAAUUAAAGACAGUUUUGUAGAUUUUUGUUUUUGGUAGAAGUGUUGUAAACUUAUUGAUAUGUGAAUGAUAAAAUUUUAAUUUACGUCAUGAAUAUGAAAAAAUGGACUUAGAAAACUAUUUUCAUCCUGAUUGACUUAAAAACUGGUUAAGAAAGUUUUCAGGUAGUCCCUGCUGCAUAAAUCGAUUGGAAUAUUCAAUUGGCAAAUUGAAAAUACUUAAGCUUUAAACUUUUGUAAAAGUUACCAUUAAUUUAAGAUGACGACAGAGCGAAUAAAUGGAUUGGUUGGGGAUGACCUUAUAUCAAAUGACCGCGUCAUGCUACCUGGUAUUGAAGAGGUAAUGCAGCUACUUGAUGGUGUAAACGGACUUUCCCCUGAAGAGCGUGAAGCCGUUCGUUUAAGUUUAUUGGAGCAGCAAGUGCGAGCAGAAGAUAUUCUAAGAAAACAUAUGCUUACAAGUGAAACUCAUUCUGGAUCAGACUAUUUACUUUUCGUUGCAAUGCUGACUUUGAUUGCUUUAGUAUUUGAAAUGGAAAUACGCAAAACUACAUUUUUAUUUGUCAAAGACACUUUGAUAAUCUCUUUAUGUUAGCUUAAUUUUUUUUCUACGUAAAACCAAAGACCCAUAUGUUUAAGAAACAUCCAAUCUAGUGUAAAAUUUUUAGAUAUGAAAAAUUUUACGAUUUUCUCAUUUUUGCCAGGCCCACCCAUUGGGCUUCGUUGAAGUCUGCACCAGAUUUUAGUUUCUGCUAUACAUCAAAAUAUAAAAACGAAAAACAGAAAAAAAGGCAAAAUAUAUAAAACAACAUAUGAUUGCGAAGGUGAAGUAAUAUACAAAUUUUUUUUCCUAGGAUCAGCUGGGUUACCAUUCUCGUAGUUUUCUAUAUAACUUUAAUUUUAUAGCUUUUCCGUAAACUCUUAAAUUCUUGAUUCUAACAUUCUUUAAUUAUUGUUAUUUUUUUAAAAGAAAAAAAAAGCGUUGUUUACCGACCACAUUCUUCGUAAUAUUGAAAAUAAUAUUUUUCCUAUUAAAGACCCUUAAAAAAAGUUGUUUUUAGGCGUCGUUGGUAAAUGUUACUGACCUUCUUAAAUUUAAAACUCAAAACAUUUUUGAAGGAAAUUCUAGAAAUUUUGAAACAAACAAAGAAAUAAAUCUAUAAAAGCAUCACUUUUUUUAUUUUGGAAUAUUUUCUUAUCUAUGUAGGCAACUUUUCGAAACGUAAAUAAUUAAUUUCGUGUGGAAACCAUUUGCAUAAUCUGGUUUUUAAUAUUAAUGUAUCACAUUCAAACUUAAUUAAA